CAAGUCCUCCUUGGUUUUCACUCGCCUCAGCACAGAGCAAAGAUUGAAAUAUGGCCUUCUCUGGUAUCCUCAGUGAUGCUGAUGUAAAAGCAGCUCUGGACGGCUGCUCAGCUGCUGACUCCUUCGACUACAAGGCGUUCUUCAAGGCAUGCGGCCUGGCAGGCAAGAGCGCAGAUGAUGUCAAGAAGGCCUUUCAAAUUAUUGACCAGGACAACAGUGGAUUCAUUGAGGAGGAUGAGCUGAAGCUUUUCCUGCAGAACUUCUCCGCUGGUGCCAGAGCACUCACUGACAAGGAGACCAAGACUUUCCUCGCUGCUGGUGACACCGACGGUGAUGGCAAGAUCGGAGUCGAUGAGUUUGCUGCCCUUGCAAAGGCAUAA